UGUACGCCCCGCCCUUGAAUGGGAAGGUUUUGUAAGAAGUCACGUAGCUCUGCAGCAUUGAAGCAGCGGUCCUUCCUCGGAGCAUCUUGUGCCUACACCUCAUUCUGCAACGCAUUGCCCAGAUCGACUCAAGCACUUAAAUUCUCAUCGUCUCAGGUUGUGUGAAGGCCAGCAAAGAUGACGCACCAGUACCCAGCCCUCACUGCUGAUCAGAAGAAGGAGCUCCAGGACAUCGCCGAGCGCAUCGUUGCCCCCGGGAAGGGCAUCCUGGCCGCCGAUGAGUCCGUGGGCAGCAUGGCCAAGCGCCUGAACCAGAUCGGCGUGGAGAACACGGAGGAGAACCGCCGCCUGUACCGCCAGCUCCUCUUCAGCGCAGACGAGCGCAUCGACAGCUGCAUCGGUGGGGUCAUCUUCUUCCACGAGACCAUGUACCAGAACGCCGACGACGGCACCCCUUUCGUCAAGAUGAUCAGGGACCGGGGCAUGGUCGUGGGAAUCAAGGUGGACAAAGGUGUGGUCCCAUUGGCUGGAACUGAUGGAGAGACCACUACCCAGGGACUGGACGGCCUGUCCGAGCGCUGUGCCCAGUACAAGAAGGACGGCGCAGACUUCGCCAAGUGGCGCAGUGUUCUGAAGAUCAGCGAGAACACGCCCUCCGAGCUGGCCAUCAUGGAGAACGCCAACGUCCUGGCCCGCUAUGCCAGCAUCUGCCAGCAGAACGGAAUCGUGCCCAUCGUGGAGCCAGAGAUCCUGCCUGACGGAGACCAUGACCUGAAGCGGUGCCAGUACGUCACAGAGAAGGUUCUAGCUGCUGUGUACAAGGCCCUGUCUGACCACCACGUGUACCUGGAGGGCACCCUUCUGAAGCCCAACAUGGUGACCCCUGGCCACGCCUGCCCCACCAAAUACGGCUCGGAGGAGAUCGCCAUGGCAACGGUUACCGCCCUGCGUCGCACGGUGCCCCCUGCUGUCACAGGGGUGACCUUCCUGUCCGGAGGCCAGAGCGAAGAGGAGGCGUCCGUUAACCUGAACGCCAUCAACACUUGCCCGCUGGGCAAGCCCUGGGCCCUCACCUUCUCCUAUGGCCGCGCCCUGCAGGCCUCCGCCCUCAACGCCUGGCGCGGGCAGAAGGACAAUGAGAGCGCCGCCACCGAGGAGUUCAUCAAGCGCGCGGAGGUGAACGGCUUAGCAGCACUGGGCAAGUACGCCUCCAGUGGUGGCAACAGUGGAGCGGCUGGACAGUCUCUCUACGUGGCCAAUCACGCCUACUGAGCACCCAGUGUUACCCACAUUCCAACCUCUGCCGACCAGUAGUUUCAUCCGCUGGUACAACCUUCCAUAUCACCAACCAGUCACGGGCCUGCGCUGUCUUCUGUACUUUAGGAUUAUUAUGAUGUACUUAAAUAUAUGUAUUUAAAUAAUAAAUAUAUAUGCUAUAACAAGAAGAUGUUGGUGAUGGCAUCAAAGAACAGAGGGAAGAAUGUAUAGGAAACAAAUUUAUAAUUAUAGACAACCUAUUUUUUUUCUCAAAAAUAAUUUCAGAUAUUGAAAGACAAUUCUCUCCCUUUUAUUACCCGGGAUUUUUUUUUUGUUUGUUUAUUGUCUUAGAAAGGGAUGGUCUUCAGGAAUGGUAUUAUUGCACAGAGUGUGAAGCUUUUAUGGAGUAUUAUGGGUAAUGCGGUCUUGAUCAGGCAUGAAGCAAAUGGUAUCUCCAGUCAUUGUCCAUUUUAUCUAAUGUCUUUACAUUGGCAAACCCUUGACCCUGUAUUUGAGGGCUGUUUGAGUUGACUUUUCCACAAGUACAGUAAACGGUCAUAAACAGAAUUUAUAACCUAUACGUGAGGAGGUAGAUGCAUACACAGUACAGUACGCAACUGUCUGUAAUCGGACAGCCUUGUUUAACAUUCGGAAAGGGUUGACCGUUCAUUGAAAUGAUCACUAACAACCAUUAGGCAGUGUUUUUUGUCUCAUCCAUCUUAUGAUCUAUUUUGAGAAUGUAUGUCUAAAGGCUAUAAUUAUAUUAAACAUUAAUUUAAAGAAACAAAAAAACAAAAAGCAAAGUUGAAAUAACUGUUGUGUGAUGGUGCAGAUUUCUGUGAAGCCUAUGUGUCCUCCCGCUCCUGCUCCUGCUGCUCAGAAGUACACAGAUGAUGAAGUGGGUUCUCUGGUGUCGGCAGACCUUACUAGACAGCUGGGCUUGCAGCAGAGCAGUCACUGUAAUGUUGUGAUGUUAGUGUCGUUCUCUAUGCACCAGAUGUACCAAAUAGUGAAACAAAAAUAAAGAAAUGUAGAAAAUG